AUGGCAUCGACGUCGUCUAUUGGCAACGCGUCGCUCGCCAAUGCUUCCUCGGCACAAGCUUUCUAUUCACACUUUCGAUCGAGCACCGAUGUGCUUCUGAGCCAACUCUCGGACAGCGUGACGACGCAGGAACAGCUUCAGCAGGCGGUGCAGACAUAUGCUGGACUGAGCGCAGAGCUGACUCAAGCAGUCGAUAGCGGCAUCCUGCCAAGCCACGAUCAGGGCGUGCACAAGAGGAGGCUCGAAGAGAUUUCGGCAGCAUUGGAGGAGAAGAGGAAAGGGUUAGGGCAGCGACCUGAAGGCAGUGGCGUGGGAAAGAAGAAGGCUGGCUUCGCGUUCAAGCGCAAGCAGCCGGCAGUCGCAGCAGUCACACAGUCAUCACCAACGAUAGCACCACAGGCUCUUCCGACUACGAACGCAAUCGAUGGAACGCAAGACGGGACGGUCCCGACAGUCCAAGGUAGACAGUCGAGUCAUGUGACGAUAUCAGCAUUGCGCGGCACUCGAUACAAGCAUUCAAUCAUCUUCUCGGCGAUAGAGUCCAGCAAAAGCGUCUCGAUUGAUGUGACAGACAUCUCAAACUCGAUUGUCGACCUCCGACCGCUCACCUCAACAUAUACGAUCCUCGCGGUGCAGAUCCGCUCCGUGACCAACUCGUCUCUUCUGCUACCGCCGAUAGAGGGCAGCAUCAUGAUACACGGACUCACCAGUUCUCUGCUCGGCGUCCCCUCAUGCCAUCAGUUCCGCAUGCACAACUCGAAGGACUCGGUAGUCGAGCUGUCUACCAAACGAGGCAGCGUUGUGACGCUCGAAGGGUGUUCCGCGAUACGCUUUGUGACAAACCCGCAAGAGCCGAUCAGGGUGCAGGACUUUGAUGACUUGAUCAACAGCGAACAACUCAGGCAGCAGGACAAGCGCCAACAUGAGGCCAACUUCAGCGUAGUGGCGCGCAGCAAUGAUAACUGCUUGGCAGACAAGGUCGAGAGCUUGUCCAAUCACGACAGCUCGAUCGGAGAGUCUGUCAACAAGUUUCUCGUCGAGCUUCUCAAGUCAGAGUAA